UCCACCACUCUGCCAUUCUCUCACUCGCUCACUCUCCUCCUUUCCCUCACACUUACACACACAGACAGACCCCCUUCUCACACAGGAGCAGACAGAGAGCGAUGAAGAGCAGAAGGAGCUGGGUAGCUGUAAAGAGGCAGGAGGGUUGUUGACUGAACAAAGCCAGGAAAGUGCGCAGUCCUGGGGAGAAGAGCGGCUGUGAAAUGCUUCAAAGGGAGCCUGGCAGCUACUCGUGCAGAGACCUGAAGGCAUUGACCUUCAGCUGAGGAUGGCAGGAGAUUCUCGAGUCCUGAUGGACCACAACAUGGAGAUAGGAGUGACAUCUGCACAGGUGAAGAAGCUUCCCAAACACUUGCGGGAGGCUCAAAUCUCGACGGACCGAACCCACUUGAUUUCUGACCCGGCAAAGAAGCCACGUCAAAGAUAUGUGCAGAAGGACGGAAAGUGCAACGUCCAUCACGGAAACGUGCAAGAGACCUACCGUUACCUCAGUGACUUAUUCACCACACUGGUGGACCUACGCUGGCGUCUUAGUUUCUUCAUUUUCACCCUGGUCUAUGUAGUCAACUGGCUUUUCUUUGGCUUUCUGUGGUGGCUGAUAGCGCUCAUCCGUGGGGAUCUGGUGCAUGCUGGCGAGGAGGGCUGGACCCCCUGUGUGCAGCACCUCAACAGUUUUGUCUCAGCCUUUCUUUUCUCUAUUGAAACAGAGACCACCAUUGGUUAUGGUUAUCGUGUAAUCACAGAAAAGUGCCCUGAAGGUAUUAUACUGCUUUUGGUGCAGGCCAUCUUAGGUUCCAUUGUUAAUGCCAUGAUGGUGGGCUGUAUGUUUGUCAAGAUCUCACAGCCAAAGAACCGCGCAGAGACCCUCAUGUUCUCUCACAAUGCUGUCAUAUCGGUGCGAGACAACAAGAUGUGCCUGAUGUUUCGGGUGGGGGACCUGAGGAACUCUCACAUCGUGGAGGCAUCAAUCAGAGCCAAGCUGAUCCGCUCGCAACAGACCAAGGAGGGGGAGUUCAUCCCGUUCAACCAGACUGACAUCAACAUUGGAUUUGACACGGGAGAUGACCGGCUGUUUCUGGUGUCGCCACUUAUCAUCUCCCAUGAGAUCAAUGAGAAAAGCCCCUUCUGGGAAAUGUCACUGGCACAAAUGGAGAAGGAGGAGUUUGAGAUCGUGGUUAUCCUUGAGGGCAUGGUGGAGGCUACAGGAAUGACAUGUCAAGCACGGAGUUCCUACCUGGACACAGAGGUGCUUUGGGGUUAUCGCUUCACACCGGUUCUCUCCCUGGAGAACGGCUUCUACGAGGUAGACUACAACAAUUUCCAUGAUGUCUACGAGACCAACACCCCCACUUGUAGUGCCAAGGAGCUAGCUGCUAAGCUUCGGGAGGGGCCAUUGUUGCCUUCACUUUCGCUUCUCAGCCCUGAAACUAAAAUGCGCACUUUUGACCGCCUGUCCAAACAGGAUCCACUAAGCCAGGAUGAGGACAAAGAAGAAAGAGAUUCAGGGGGUGAGAGAGGAGAAACUAAUGGCUCUGCUGCUGCUUUGGAGAAAUCGCACCUUGCUGAUGGUCUGUCUGACUAAUUGGCCACAUCAGCUAAAAACCCAGGAAAGUCUGGACAAAAGGACAGGACAAUAUAAUGCUUCGUUUAGUCAGUGGCCAGCUUUUUCCAUUGCAAAGCUUGGAGAUACAACGCCCCUGUCUCCACUCAUGCAAUAUUCAUCAGUAUAUACUAUAUAUUGGUUUUGUAGACACUAAGUACACAUACACAGAUGCACAUGUACAGUAUCUACUAUAUCUGCACAUAAAGGUUGGUGGUUCAGAUUGUCUUUUUAUAAUCAUAAUGUCCACCUACUGCUAUAACAGCUCAAGUUGUAUAAUGUGAACUUGAGCUAAAACUGGUAGCCAUAAGUACCAAUGUCUUAUUAUGGAUACUCCAAUAUUCUUACUUUAAACUGUAUUGAUUCAACUUCAUUUAAGCAGAGUAUCAGUCUCAUAACUCAGCUAAUGUGUCUGACAGCAGCUUCUGUGUGGUAAUGGGACCUUAUUAUAAUUUAUUUUUUUUUUUUUAUGUGGGAGAUUUUUUUCUGUCAUUAUUAUUCUUGGAAAUCCCAUUCUCCUAGGAAAUGUUUAAGGCUUUUUGUUCUUUUAAUCAAGAGAAGAUGUAAGAAAUUCUUCUAUAAAAGGCAACAUUUACCUGCAACCACAAUCUAGUCCAUUUUUGUUCACAUCUCAUGAUAACAGUGUCAUAAAUGCUGUCAUUCUUUUUGUUGGAUCAUCUCGUCUACACACUGGGAGCUUUAACUGAAAAGAAACAAGCUAGUACCUCAGUUUAUAGUCAUCUUCAGGGUUUUAAACUAACAAUAAAAACUAGGUAAAUGUUAGCCAUUUUCUUGGUACACAAAGCACAAUUUUCCAAAAGGCGAUUCCACACUGACCUAACCAGUGUUUCUGUUAGACCUUUCUGUUAUAUAUAACUAUAUAUACAUACUGAUUAAAUAUAAAACAUACAUAUAUGUACGGUGGCAAGAUAAUGUAAGUUAAC